AUGUGUUUGUUCAUUAGAUCUAACAGGCUACGUUUCCUACAAAGUAUUAGUACAGACGACCAGUUCAUUCAUUCGUUGUUCAUUUGAAGAUACAUGGAGGAAAAAAAAACUGUAAAUAGCUUUUUGGUUUGUAGCACCAAAUAAGUUUAACUCUUUCUCUCCUAACCAACGAUACCAGCGUUGAUUCCACCAGAAUGUGGUAAAUAAUUGCGGAGAGAAAAAGUUAAGAUAAAGGAAGAAAUAGACAUUCACUCUAUGACAGUGGCGCAACUAAGAACGUGUCUAAAAACAAAUUCACUCGGAUAUAAUUGUACAUCUUAAAAUAAUAAGCUAGUGCAGUGGUUUCCAAAUAUUUUUUUAAUGACCCUUUAAAAUUUAUCUUAUCUUAUAUAAUACAGACGUUACUUCAAAAAAGAAGAUGAUUACGUCCUACGCGUCAUGCAUUUAGUCAUGCAUAUUAACCAAUGACUUAAAUUCUGCCAAGUCACUGGUUUUCCUGGCUAGCUCAGGCAACCCAUUCCAUGCUCUAAUAGCACUAGGGAAGAAGAAGUAUUUGUACAAAUUUGUCCUAGCAUAUGGGACGAGGAAUGUGCCUUUAAUUGAAAGGAUUAACUAAAGACGAAAUACGUGUGUGUGUGUGUGUGUGAGUUAAUUCCAUUGAUGGUAAAUAAAGUCUUGACCUUAUUAAAUAAGAUCCACUAUCAUAGACCCCAUGUUUACAUCCCAUGGAUACCCAAUUAAUUUUCACUUUCGUAGACCCCAUUGAGGUCGUCUGAAGGUCUAAAUUGACCACUUUGGGAACCACUGGGCUAGUGCAUUCAUUUACAUAAUUAUACUUCGAAAUUCAGCUGAUUUUUAAAAAUGUAGCGGACAGCAAUAAGGUUCAAUUUAGUCUCCUUGACAUUGUUUUAUUUUACAUGAAAAUCUACAAUUUAACAGCAAUAUCUAAUUUUGUCUAUAAUUACGUUAAAAAACAAACAUCACGCUAUUUAUACCUUGUGGUCUACGUCGUUGCGGUAAAUGUUUCAGCAUAUAAAAGUUGUAAUUUGACAUUUUCUAUUUUGUUUUCUUCAUGGCGCUAACGUGUCUCAAGACUUAAUCACACACAUGUAUCAGCCUAAGCAAGUUUCGCUCACUUUGGUUGUAAUAGCGCUUUGUUUUGAAUUAUAUUUCAUCUGUGGAUGUAAUAAUGGUUACAAGCCAGACUCUUAUGGCAAUUGCGAAGAUAUUGAUGAGUGUACUGAAGACGGCAAGUGCAAUGCUGAUGUGGAGAACUGUCUUAAUUAUUUAGGCGGCUACGUCUGCUUGUGUAAAACCGGAUACGCCAGGAAUGAUGAACUGGUUUGUCAAGCGCCAGCUACAAGAGAACGGACGUUUGUAGCCAACCCAACGUCCAACCCAAAUGUCGCCAUGGGAUUUCAGGGUCCAACUGUCCAGGCGUCGUCUCUUUUACACUGCGCCCUGCUGUGUUCACAGAGUCUACGUUCAUGUCACAGUCUACUGUUCAACGAAGCAAACGGGCAAUGUACGCCAGGUACAUGGCUGUAUCCUUCAAUCUCAGCACUUGAUCCUGGUCUUGGAGUUCUUCACUACAAUGAAGGAUUCUACUGUGACCCGUUCUCAAAUUUUAUUGUUUCCAAUUAUAGCAAUGACAAAGUGUGUAUCUUUAUCUCUGACGAUGUAGCAAAUUAUACUGAUGCCAAGUCGCUCUGUAGAGAUCUCGGGGCACUAUUGUACAACGUGAAUAGUGAUUUGAAAUGGAGACAACUAAUGACUAAACUUGACCAAGUCACAGAUUAUUGGAUUACCCAUAGAAAUGAUCCCACCAUAUGUAAUUCUUACAGAAACUACAGUAUAUACCAUUAUACACUUAAUGACUGUUCAAAUCAGUUUAAAUUUAUUUGUGAAAUCGAAUAGGAAUGAACGAUAUUGGACGUACACUAUCUUUACAACCAAAAUUGUAAUCCUUUUAAAUGUAUUUGUAGCUGGGCAAAGCUCAAGUGGGCCAGGACUCAAGACCAUUGUGAUGUGUACCCUCCCGUAGCUUGAGGGUGAUAAUUAUCGUAUCGAGUCGAGACCAUUUGUUACAGAAGGCCUCAACACUGACGUGCAACGUCACAAGCUGUGGGGCAGUUUAGACCAAUAGCUUGUUGCCACGUCGAACAGACCUACGCUUAAUAUAAGCUUUGUUUUUUUUUUUAAUGUAUUUUUAUAUACUCAUUUUGUGAGUUAGAUUUAUUUAAAAUUUAAGUUUAUUCUAUUUCAUCUUAAGUUAAACUUGUCUGUAUUAUAGUAAAA